CCGCGCGACACCUCCGGCGAAGGAAGGGCCGCUUCGCUUUACGGCAGCGCCCGCCGGCGGGAGUAGGAAGGAGCGCGGGCUUCCACGUGGGGCGGCGGCCGGGCGCGCGCCGGCGGCGCCAUGAAGCGGCCGAAGCUGAAGAAAGCCAGCAAGAGGCUGACCUGCCACAAGCGCUACAAGAUCCAGAAGAAGAUCAGAGAACACCACCGAAAAGUUAGGAAGGAGGCCAAAAAACGUGGACGUAAAAAGCCCAAGAAGGAUCCUGGUGUUCCCAGUGCUGCACCAUUUAAGGAAGAGCUUCUACGGGAAGCAGAGCAAAGAAAGCAGAGGCUUGAAGAACUAAAACAAAAGCAGAAGCUCAACAGACAGAAAGAACAUGAAAAGAAGAGGAAGCUUGAAGCUAAAAAGAAUGCAGCCAAAAACAAGGAAAAAGCAGAGGGGAAGGAAUCCUCUGGCAAAUCUAAAGCAAAGACUAGAAAACUGCUGGAUAAAAAUUCAAAGAAAUCAUUCUGCAGGGAGCUCUGGAAGGUGAUUGAGGCCUCAGAUGUGGUUCUAGAGGUUUUAGAUGCAAGAGAUCCAAUGGGCUGCCGGUGUCCUCAACUGGAGCAAGCUGUAACUUGUUCUGGAGGAGACAAAAAGCUACUGUUGGUUCUGAACAAAAUUGAUCUAGUGCCAAAGGAGAACUUAGAGAAAUGGUUGAAUUACUUGAAGAAGGAGUUUCCAACAGUUGCUUUUAAAUCAGCAACGCUGAUGAAGGACAAGACUAUGCAGCAGCACUUCACAAAAAGACGUGCACGUGUUGAUUUAUCAAGAAGCACUGUAUGUUUCGGAAGCAAAUGCCUUCUGAAACUUCUUCAAGAGCAUAGCAAGACUCAAAACAAAGCCAUUCAGGUUGGGGUAGUAGGCUUCCCUAAUGUGGGAAAGAGCAGCAUCAUCAACAGUCUCAAAGGAGCUCGUGCUUGCAAUGUUGGCCUAGCAAGAGGUGUUACCAAGUCCAUGCAAAUUGUGCACAUUGAUAAACAGACAAAGAUGUUAGACAGUCCAAGUAUAAUUGCAGAUCCUUCCAACAGUGCCCUGGCUCUGGCCUUGAGAAGUAUCAUAGACACUGAAGAAUCAGGCUCAUCAGAUGUGCUUGAAGGAGUAGAUGCUGUUCUAAGUCACUGCAGUAAACAGCAGGUAAUAAUGCACUACAGUAUCCCAGAUUUCAGCAACACUGAAGAGUUUUUAACCUUACUUGCUCAGAAAAGGGGUAUGCUGAAAAAGGGAGGUGUUCCUGACGUAGAGAGUAUAGCUAAAUUACUGCUUUGUGACUGGACAGGAGCUAAAAUAAGCUACCACUCACAACCUCCAGAAUCUCAAAGACUGCCAAUAUAUCUUACAGGAGACAAAAUAGCUGAAAUGCAGAAGUGCUUUAACUUAAAGAACCUAGAAGAAGAAAAUAACAACACUGUUCAAGCUUUAAAAUACCCCACUCCAGCAAGCAGCAUAAUUUUUCAGUCAGCUGGUAUGGUAAAUGGGAUAAUAGAGGAAAAUAAAGUGAUAGAGGAAGCAUCAGAGUGGGAAAACUUGGAAACAAGCAAGGAGGAGGAGGAAGAAGAGGAGGAUUUCACGGAAAGUGAUUAUGAUCAAGAUGAUGUGGAAGAAGAAGAAAAGGAUGUCAGAGAGGAAAGCAAAGUUCAGGUCACCAGGAAAACAAAGCUUGGAAAAGGACAAACAAGUCCUACACAUUCAGAAAAGCAGAUAGCAGAAAGCGAACAUUCCAAUUCACUGUUGUUCAGUUUGGAUAAGACAGCAGAUGAAGAUGAUGCCUAUGAUUUUAAUACAGACUAUGUGUAAUGAGUUAUGUGUGAAGACACCCUCUGGAGACUUAGUACUGGCUUUCAGAACAGUCAUGAAGACUUGUGUUUCAGCGGAAGUUGGAGGAAUGCUGCAUAGAUUCACAAUUACUGCUGUGUCAAAGAGUAUAUAAUAGUGCAUCUCCCUUGAUCGUUCCAGAUUUUAUACAAGUCUAAGAAACUGACUGUACUCAGCUUUGAGUCUUAAACUUUAUUUCCUGUAUUAAAGCCUGUUUUUAAAAAUUC